UUAGUUUUCUUCUUCUCUCGGUGAAGUCAAGGAACUUUCUUCUUCUUCUUCUUCUUCAACUUCCUCUUCCAUAUUCUACAAACUUUCUCUCUUUCAUUCAUUCAUUUUUUCCCUUUCAUCUCUGAACAACACAAACCACUACAAUCUCAAAGUCUUUCCAAGAGAGGAUCAUGGGUUGCUUUGGCUUUUGCAAAGGAAAUGAUGCUUAUACAACUGCUGACAAAGGAGGACCCUUCAUGCAAACCUAUCCUACUGGGAACAAUAGUUAUCAUGGCAGACACACACCAAUAAUAACUCCGCCAACUAUAAAUUUUCAACCAAUUGCUGUCCCUUCCCUUUCCAUAGAUGAAUUGAAGUCUGUUACAGAUAAUUUUGGAUCAAAAUCUUUCAUUGGUGAGGGUGCAUAUGGGAAAGUAUAUCGUGCGACAUUGAAAAAUGGACGUGAAGUGGCGAUUAAAAAGCUAGAUUCCAGUAAGCAGCCAGACCAGGAAUUGCUUUCUCAGGUAUCUGUGGUAUCAAGGCUAAAGCAUGAAAAUGUUGUUGAGCUUGUUAGUUAUUGCGUUGAUGGUCCUUGUCGCGCCCUUGCCUAUGAGUAUGCUCCUAAUGGAUCCCUUCAUGAUAUUAUACAUGGACGCAAAGGUGUCAAGGGUGCACAACCUGGUUUAGUUCUCUCAUGGACUCAGAGAGUUAAAAUUGCUGUUGGAGCAGCCAGAGGACUUGAAUAUCUCCAUGAGAAGGCAGAGACACAUAUUAUCCAUCGUUACAUUAAAUCUAGUAACAUACUGCUUUUCGAUGACGACGUUGCAAAGAUUGCUGAUUUUGAUUUGUCAAAUCAAGCCCCCGAUGCAGCAGCACGUCUUCAUUCUACCCGUGUUCUUGGAACCUUCGGUUAUCAUGCUCCAGAAUAUGCAAUGACUGGGCAACUCACUUCAAAAAGUGAUGUUUACAGUUUUGGAGUUGUACUUUUGGAACUCCUAACCGGGCGUAAACCUGUUGAUCAUACACUGCCUCGAGGACAGCAAAGCCUUGUUACAUGGGCCACACCAAAGCUUAGUGAAGAUAAGGUAAAGCAGUGUGUUGAUGCUAGACUAAAGGGAGAGUACCCGGUUAAGUCAGUUGCAAAGAUGGCUGCUGUUGCUGCACUGUGUGUGCAAUAUGAAGCUGAGUUUCGGCCAAACAUGAGCAUCAUAGUGAAAGCUCUACAGCCUCUACUGAAUACUCGCUCAACUCUUCCAAAGGAAGUGCGCCACAUGUAAAUUCCUCACCCUCCGUCCCUUCUAGCAGACUGCAGACUGCGUUAACAAAUGUUGUUUUGUAACUAGUGUCAAUAAUUACACAUUUGAGUCCAAGGCAUUUAGUAUUUAAGUAUCAUUUGCAUUUUAGAUUUGUCUCUUAACUAAGCAUUAUAUAGAAAUUGUAAUGCAGGUCCCUUAGGUUUGUGGUUUUGGAUGGUUAUUGGAAAUUUAUGUUUGUUCUUUUAAGGAUUCAUAUUUGACUUGAAUAUAUGUAUACUUUUCCUGAAUAACAUGAGUUUAGUUGCAUUAUCAAAUGAACAUAUUUGACUUGAACCA